CCAACUUAAACACCCUCAAACCACUUGUGUGCCAACGCCUCGCGAGCAGUGAUUCUCUUUUCCAGAUCAAAAUUUUUCAUUGCACUUUUAAAAUCAUCAUCAACACUCUUCCAAAGGAAAAAUGAUCUGUGCAGGUUGUCUUUGUUGAAACCAUCCUGAAUUACUUCAAAAUCCCAAACCCAGGGAUUAUCACCAAGGUAUCUCAAAAACCCAUUCAGUGCAUCUUCAUCUGCAAAGUACGAAAUUUGGCGCUCAAUUACAAUAGCCAAGGGAUCCACACCAUCGUCCAACUACUCUUCCCCAACAGGGAUGGUGUCUUGGACAAGGCGGACAUGAUUAGCACUGCUGUGUAGCCUAUUAUUUAUCUCUUGAAGGUCCCUGGAAUUAACCAUGUGAAUAUACUUCAAUAUGACCUUUCAGUUGCCAGCACUGUGGAAGUUGUGAGUAAAUAAUCUCAAGAAGGGGUAAUCAGUGUCAACUCACACAGCAAGACAAAUCUUCUGUGAGGGAGAUGUCUCUUCCUGAAGCACCUGUUCAAUCCUAUAACUUUGGCCAGACUGGCUAACGUACUCCCUAGAGUCUGCUAGGGCAGUUGACAUUGUGUUUAUUCUGCAAUGAAGGGUUGGUGAUUGGUGUAACACCAGUUUGCAUUUGGAGAGGUUCCAUGUUGCAAGAUUUAAAUAUCUGCAUGAGCGAAAAUGAGCCUAAUGACAGCAUGAGAGGCAACAAAUUCGAAGAAGAUGCUGUUGAUAUUCGAGCAAUAUCUGAACAUGGAUUAUUCUUCUUUUUAUCGGCGCCAACGCGCCGGUCGACAAGCCUCAGCAGGCGCUAGUCUCUUUCAGUUGAACCCACCAUACGCUGCGUACAGAACAGGAGGCUCCCCUUGCUCAGUUCGCUUCAUAUUCAGAAUCUGCAUGGGACUUGCCGGGGCCCUCGUUUUCAAGUUUUGGAGAAUAUUUUUGAAAUGAGGUUCAGGAUGGUAUCUGGUUUGGUUCUGAAGUACAAAAGUCUUUCAGAACGUGGUAGGCGUUUAUGCUAUACUGUCUCCUAGGGAGCAGAAAUUUCGUCCUUUUCGUUCAAUUUCAAUAUCCCACUUCUAAGGUAGCAACCCAAGGAGGUCUAUAUCUUGCCUGUCGUUACACUGCAUCAUCCGGCGGGGCCAAACCUCAACAUCGAGAUACAUAGUGAUCAGUGUUUGAACUCUCCGACAUGCCUAUCGCGUUGCUGUCGACACCGGCUCGAGCUAUGAGCCAAAUACUUUCUAGUGGAAGUCUUUUAUACGCUUCCUAUUGAGGACUCUCAAGGCGAUGGUGGCACCCAAAUAUCAUCGGUUCAGUAUCGGCUAAUUGUCCUCACGUUACACAUCCCUACGGCGAAUAUGAAACGUAUGGAAUUUGCCGUUGAGGGGGGUCUUACCUCCUAAAGUGACACCCUCUUUCCGAAAAACCUCAAUCACCAAUCUCUUGGGCUCUACCGGAGAGUGUUGGCGUUGAUAUUAGGGAAAAAAAGAAUAUAUUUCAUGGCCGGAUAUACCAGCAUUCAGAGACUUCCGGGCAUUAGGUUUUAUGUAUCGAAAUAUGGGAAAAUUCCAGGUUCUGUCGUAUCCACCUGAGCCUAGCCGUCUCUAGUUUUUCCGCAUGCUUAGAAGGGCUUCUCAUUACAGUCGAUUCUCCUCCCUGCAGUGGUCAUGAUUUAUCGUCAGAUAUCACUGUUCACACAUCGUUCCAUCAUCGCACUAAGUUUCCCUUUUCAUUUUUUACAGUCAGAUCAACAUCCCACUAUGACUCCGAUGACGACCUGUCCCUUAGAGAUCUGCUUUGCGACCACCGCUCUGGGAAAGCCAUGGGAGAGGAUAGAUGGGAAAAGCUACAAUCAAGAGGAAACUGGUUCUAGAGAACAAUUUGAAACUAGCAGCCGUCUAUCCCCUAGCACAUACAAUGAUGCGAAAGUGUAUUUCAUGGAAUUCUGCAAGGCCCUCCUAAUCAUAAAAAAGUGUGUUUCGGAGGACAUCGGAAUUUCAGACCUGAUGCAGAUUUGUAUGGAUGAAAACUACGCGCUUUACCUUAUAAAAGAGCAUCUACGAUUCAUUGCACACUACCUAGAAUGCCAUAGCUCGUCGGAAGACGGGCAAGUGCCCCCGAAUCGCUGGCACAUAUUUCUUGCUCGCGCACAGAACCUAUGGAAAAGCGAUGUACGAAGCUGGCCCGGAGUCAGUGGAUUGUCAUGGAGCGGUUAUCAUCACGUAAUCAUGGAGGUUGCGGAUGAAUUUCGCUUGAGACAAUAACGAAUUGACGAAGCGCACCCCGGAGGUCAUAAGACACUUUGAGAUUCUACCUCAGGGAAGUUCGGCCUAGGCGGAGGAAAUCCAGGUGGGGAAUAGCUGAGCGAGGAAGAACAACUACGCAAAUGUGGAGGAAAGCUGGAACAAGCAUUGUCUAACUACUAGUUACGGCGCCCAGAGGGACGGGGGAAUGGUAUGGAUACACUUGUCGAGUAUCCUUCUUGGGAACAAGUAGAGCCUUCUAUCUCAUCCACAACCUAGUUAGUUGCUUGUACUCGCUGCUUAAUAUCGGCUCGGAAAGUCUUGUAUGUCGGAUAUUCUAUCAGUUAGGGGCACUGCAAGAAAAAUAAACAAAUAAAAAAAAUUAGCAGAUCUGGAAAAUAAGAUUCUCCACUCCCAUGGUAGC